GGCUCUGGGCAGGGAGGCGGGGGCUGAUGUCCCGGGAGUCUCCUCCCGCUUCUCGAUCCCUGCCCCGAUUGACGAUGGGGGGCGGGUGGCUGUGCCCCUUUCAGCUUCGCUCAGCCCUGCUCUGCUCCCGUGCACGGGGCAGCGGGAUCCGCUCCCUCCACAGCUGCCCCCGCCUCCGUGCCUUUCCUUGGCUGUGCUCGGGCCAUGGGGCGCCGCCCCCUCGUUCUCCCUCCGCCCCUAAAUUCUGCCCCGGUCUCGUGGGAGGGCGAAGGGCCGCGGGAAGCGCCUCUCUCGCACGCCGCCUCCCCCUCGGGAAGCUGGGCGCGCUCGUCUUGAGGCGCCUCUCGGGCUUCAGCUCUCCCGUGUCCGGCGAUCUCAGCUGUUUCCGUCCACAGCUCUGCGCUGCCUGGAUAGUCCCGCUGGCGUCGGAAGCUGGAGUCUGGAAAGAGCUGGUGGGUCGUGGCCCCGAGCCUUAAUCCAUGCGGCGCCUGUCACCGAGGCGCUGGUAACAGGGAUUUCAAGUAGCACUUCUGUCAGUUACACCUAGUGACCAAUACUUAGUGUACCGCCAUUGAAAUCCAGAUUGCUGUGAGCUAAGGCAGCAUGCCCCCGGGUGGGGGCAUUGCCUCGGGGGAGAGACACUAACUGCAAACGGACACAGAGCAGUGGCAGUGGAAGUUUUCCCUAUCCUGCCCUACUAACGCUGCUGUUGAAGGAGACUGUAACUGGCUUCAACUUUCUGAAGGGGAGCUGACCUUCUAAAAGAUCUGAAGAUUUUGCUUGGCUACUCAGAUGUCUUUAGAGUAUCUUUGAAGACAGGUGUGACAAGUUACAGCUUUGGCUGUUAAAAUGUAUGGUAAACUGCCAUUACCUCAUAUCUUUCUGGGGGCUCUCCUUGGAGUUGCAGGAGGAUUCUACAUCUAUAAACCAAUAUUUGAACAAUAUCACAGAAAACAGAAUAAAUUAAAAGAAAAGCUGCAAGCACCAGAACUAGAAGAGAAGAAAGAAUAGCAGAGAUUACAUGGAGCUGCUUGGUGAUAUUGGUUUGGACACUGUAAACUUUCUUUCCAAGAGAAAAACAAAAUAACAUACAUCAAUUUCUUUUGAAGAAUAGACUAUCUUGGUGAAGAAUAAAUAUGCUUUUUAAUUAAUGUAAACAUGGUGUUUUCUUAGAUGGCCAGUUGCACAUACAUUGACCGAACUGCAUUUGAUUCCACUGACCUUUUUCUUUAAAAUUAUAGGUUUCUAGUCUUAUGCAGAUUCAGAGUUAGGUCUGUCACUCUGCCCUUAGUCCUAACCCCAUUGGGAAUAGAAAGCAUACUUGUAGUACACCUCUACUCUGAUAUAACGUGACCCGAUAUAACGUGGGUUUGUAUACAACGCGGUAAAGCAAUGCUCCGGAGGAUCAGCAUGUCAGCUCCCUGCGCUCUGCUUCCCGCCACCGGUGAGUGCAGGGAGGUUGGGGAAAGGACGUCCCCCACCCCCCCGUACUCACCUGCAGCGGGAAGCUGAGCACCAUGGCUGGGAGCUGGUGGAGUGGAGCGGGCUGGGGCUGGGCUGCUCCGCUUACUGCAACCGGUGAGUGCGGGACCUUUCCCCACCCCCCAGCGACACUACUGGGGCCGGGGCAAGGAAAGCGGAGCGGGCUGGGGCUACGUUGCUCUACUUCCCGCCGCAGGUAAGUGCAGGGGACGUCCUUUCCCCAAUCUCCCCACAUUCACCAGCAGCGGUGGGAAGCAGAGAAGCCCAGCCCCAACCCACUCCACGCCGCUAGCUCCCAGCUGCGGCGCUCUGCUUCCUGCUACAGGUGAGUACGGGGGGGUGUCCUCUCCCCAACCACCUCACUCUCACUGGCGUCAGGAAGCGGAGCGCCGUGGCUGGAAGCUGGCGGAGUGGAGUGGGCUGGGGCUGGACUGCUCU